AUGGACUUCCCUCUCGAUGCCAGGAGUGGCGCGAUCACCUCGACUCAUGACACUGGUCAAGUUAUCACUGCUGGAGCGGCAUUUCUCAAUGUCCAGGGAUUUGUUGAUGCACCGCGCGAGAUUCAGAUUUCAUCACAAAUGCCUCACCAAGUCAGUGGCUUCAUCCGUCAUAGCCAGCCCAUUGGCGAGAAUAGUCACCAACCACUGCCGAACGUUACUCUCCGUCAAGACGCAAUGACUGCCCCAUCCGGGAAUGGCGACCGUCAUGUCGAUAGCUCUGCAUUGCCUCUCCGAGACAGAUCCUUACAUUCGAGCGCUCAGGUCCCGGUGUCUCCCAGCUCCCCUCAUGUUGUCGACAUACAGAACAGCAAUAGUCAAGAUGAUACCCCCCCUCUCGCAUCCGACUCCGACACUCAGUCAGAUACUGGCGACUCAGAUGACGAAGAUUACGACAGCAGUAGCAGCAUGCCUGUCUUGCAGUCCGUGUCCGACUCUUCAGAAUCUGAGCUUGACGCCUCCGACUCUGAUGACUCGGCAUGGGACGAACCAGCUUCUCAACGUCAGCCUCUGAUCACUCCAGUUACAGCUGCCGGUGCAGUACGGGCUGGCCCUUCAUACAUAAUCAGUCCACAACGACAGGCUGGCCUUCCAUCAUAUACAACUAGAGAUAUUUUCGAGUCGGAAGAUGAUGAUGAUGAUGACGACGAGGACGAGGACGAAGAUGAAGACGAACCUGACGUUGAAGAUGAAGACAUCUUCGAUCUGGAGGAUUACCUGGCCCAUGGUGGUUUCUUGAAUAAUCCUCCGCCUCUAGACAUCCCCUUUAACCGACAUCUCAGAUCUCGAGAUCUCCUUGACUUGCUUCUCUCUCCGCGCCGCAAUGCUGUGGACAACGACCCCGUACGCGCGGAAACCCUAUUGGAAGGACUAGAAGUGAUACCCGAGGAACUUGUCCGCCGAUACGAGAAGCUGCGAUGUGGUCAUGGCGAAGACAACGACGGGUGUGCCAUCUGUCGUGACGAGUUCUUCCUCGAUUAUGUCAUGGAGCCAAUAGAACAGAAAUCGUCGGCGAGUGAUUGUGCUUUUUUUGAAGCGCUUCCCUUCCAUAUGCCUCCGUGCCAGAUCCUCGCAUUUCCGUGCCCAGGGAGACAUUUGUUCCACAGUGAUUGCCUUUCCCCUUGGCUUGCGCGCAAGACGACAUGCCCAUCUUGCCGUUUCGAUAUCGAUCCCGAGUCGCUGACACUGCGUAUACCUGGGUCAUCCAUGCUUGAUUUUGAUGGAAGGCCAAGGGCACCAUUUCCGAAGAGGUGGGAACCUCCACGAGUGAGUAGACUGAAAGAAUGGUUGGAGCAGGAAGAGCUUGCGCGUCGAAAUGGAGCGAAUUGCUCGAAGCCCGUGCCAGUCGAUCAAGAUGAUGGAGCUGACGCCGACGAUGAACUAGACGAACGAGAAGAGGUUUGGGCUGAUGUUGAAAGACAAGCGUUGAAUUCUGGACAAACUUCGCCGCCACCAGAUGCAUUCAGUGACCGUCACACGCCGUCGUUUUCCCAAAUUCCGCCUCUGCCUCCACCUUUGCCUCAUAACCUUGGACAAUACCCCCGCCAUUAUGCCGCCAUGCUGACCAGGGACCUGCGCGAGGCUGGGUUAGAGGAUGUGUUCACGCGUGCUUCACGCAGGGUGCGCGUGAGCUUCGGUGUGCAGACCCCGCCCUCGUUUAUGCCUCGAGAGCACCCCGGGUCCGGGCCCGCCAGUGCAGGCGCGCAGGCUGAUUUAGAUUGA